AUGCCCAUGCUCUCGGGCGUCCUUGGCAGGAGGGGGCCGACGCCCGCGGGCGGGAGGCACGAGGUCGUGCCCACCUCGGAGCCCUGGGGCGCCGCCAGCGACCUCAGCGGCCUCUCGCCGCGGAGCUACGACCGCGACCGCUUCUUCGAGGCCCACCGCGGGCAGCAGGAGCUGCCGCGCGACCGGGCGCCCGCGGGCGAGCGCGGGGCCCCCGCCGACGUGGCGUGGGAGGAGCUGGCGACCCUCAGGUAUACCAAGUUCACGCUGGAGGGCUUCCCAGGCGAGAAGCACGCGGUGUUCAUCUCGGACCGCCUCGCCCUCAACGCCGAGGCGUUCGAGUGCAUCUGCGAGGCCCUGGGCCGGGAGCCCCCCUCCAUGGCGCUCUGCGGGCUGGGCUCCGCCUGCCACCCGGCGUGCGUGACCACGCCCGAGCUGCGGGCGUGCCCCGCGUUCGGCUCCUUGGUCGCGGAGGGCAGGAACUGCUUGGGUGCUCGGACGUGGCAGCAGAGGCAGCGACGACCGGGGCUCGUGGGGCGGCCUGGGCAAGAGCCUGAGCAGCCUGAAGAGCCUGGCGUGGGGGAGAAGGGGCAGCGACUACGAGGCCCUGGGGACGGAGCUCACGGCGGUCGAGAAGGCCGAGAACGACCGCGUGAAGGCGAAGGAGCUCGAAGACUUUGUGGACAGCGUCUUCCAGCAGCGAGCCAUCUCCCUGACCGCUAG